CCUGCCUCAGAGCAGGGAUGAGGACAGCUUGUCCAGAAAUGGAACUCACCCAGCUUUCGCCUGUGACUACAGUCACUUUCAACUACGACUACUACUAUGAUGACAACUGCCCAUAUCAGCAUCUGCAACAUAUGUCUACUUUCCUCCCUAUCCUGUACACUGCUGUGUUCCUGGUGGGCAUCGCCGGCAACUCCAUCCUCAUAGUAGCCUUGGUCUUCAAGCAACGGGUCCAAAGGCUGAUCGAUGUCUUUAUCAUCAACCUCGCUGCAUCUGACUUCAUCUUCCUCACCACGCUGCCGUUCUGGGUGGACAAGGAGGUGUCGGACGAGAGCUGGAGGGUAGGAUCUUUCCUCUGUAAGGCUAGUUCCUAUGUCAUCUCAGUCAACAUGUACUGCAGCAUCCUCCUCCUCACUUGUAUGAGUGCUGACCGGUACCUUGCUAUCAUGCAUCCCUCUAUUGCUAGACGUGUCAGAACAAGAUCCUAUUCCAGUGGACUCUGCAUCUGUGUCUGGUUAUUAUCCUGCUGCUUAGGGAUGCCAACCCUCCUGUCCAGAGAACUGAAGAAGCAAUAUGGAAAGACUUACUGCACAGACAAAGCCGUGACAGAAACCAAACAGAUCGUCUCACUGAUGCUUUUAAUCCUGGCCUUCUUCUUCCCACUGUUGAGUAUCUUAACCUUUUACUACUCUAUCACCAGGAGACUCUGUGUACAUUAUCAGAGAGCUGGGAAACAUGAUAAGAAACUGAGAAAAUCCAUCAAGAUCGUCUUCAUUGUAGUGGCGGCUUUUGUUAUCUCCUGGGUUCCCUUCAAUAUUUUCAAGCUUAUGGCCAUCCUUCUGGGACUUCUGAAGCAGCCCGACUGUUUUCCCAACAUGGUUGCCCAGCUGGGCAUGAAGGUGAGCAGCCCUUUUGCUUUUGCCAAUAGCUGUGCCAACCCUUUCAUUUACUAUUGCUUUGACAACUACAUCCGCAGAGCCAUGCUCCGGUGCCUGUGCCCACGGGUGAAAAUCAGCAGCAGUGGCAACAACUCUGAUACUCUGGACACUCGCCUGAGCCACUCCUUAUCCAAUUUUGCUGCAGGGGAGUAUGCCACUAGGAAGAGGAAGCGCUCUGUGUCCCUCUGACUGGGAGCCAGGACUGCAGAGGAAGGAACUUCUCUCUCCAAAGAUGGCAAGAAAAGAAUAAAGGGAGGGAAGCUGAAAAAAAGAAACGGGCGACAGAGGUGCAAGUGUAAUGCAGCCAGCACUCCAGGUGGGAGGAACACUGCUCCCCUUUAAAUGCAGAUAAAUGGAAGAGGAAACCUUAACUACAGAAUUAUGGUUCACAAUGAUCGCUGUGUCACUGCACAGUGUAAAUCUGAAACCAUUGUACUGAGAAAUAUCCACAAACGCUUGCACUGGAACCCCAGUACAACUGCU